CCUUCAGGUGCGACAUGGUCGGAGAAGAAACGAAGAGAGAAAACCAGCGAGCAUUUCACAGUGUCGAAUGAGCCAGGCACAGACUGACAGCAAGACUUCGUUCGUCCUCAGAAGGGGAAGACCGCACGAGCUCGGACUACUUGCGACUCUAUCGACAGACGUGUUUCAUCCUCGCGGAGCAUGGUUCUCGAUCCUCCAGAACGUCAAACAUACCCUCAUCGUCUGGGACCUCCAAGCUCAGUUCUACAACAGAUUCUAUAAGUGGCCGGAAAUUGCUUCCUCAUUUGAACCGCCGAUAAGCGAAUAUCGCUAUGCUCUCUUGGUCGCCAGUCUUUCCAAUGGAAAUGCAAUUGGGAUGACGGAGCUCUGUGUUGCGCCAUGUCCUAUUGAUAAGGAUGUGCUCGAAGGGCUUGGCUUGUCGCUCUCUGCUCCUUAUCUGUCAAAUCUUGCGGUUAUGGAGAAGUAUCGGAUGGAGGGGAUCGGAAAGGCGCUCGUGCGAUGGUGCGAGGAGCUCAGUAUCGAAUGGGGACAUUCCGUGAUCUUCCUGCAUGUGGACGUUGCCAACGUGAAUGCCAUCAACUUCUACAAGCGGCUGGGAUUCCAACAGCAAACUCGGGAUGUGACGUGGUACAAGCGGAUCGGACGAGAAGACAUGUCUGAACAAGAUCAAAUCGUCAUGUACAAGCUGCUGGACUCCAAUUUGCAUUCUCUCAAGGAUGGCAAGGCAAUUCAGGACGAUGAUUUAUCGUUGCAGGAAUGAAGUCAAAACAUAU